AUGGCCACAAGGAAUCGAACAAACUUGUUCUUGUCUUAUCGUAGCACUUACGGUUACCCUACGUCUAAUCACGCCUCAGCGCCGGCUGUCCGCUUCAAUGGCUUCCGUCGCACUUCCGAAGAACGGCAGGGUCUCAUGUCAGAGAACGACAAUGGAGAUACUGUGAUCGAAAUGGACAUGAUACCGCCGAAGUGGGCCGAUGUGUCUGAUGAAGUUCACGAGCUGCUCGAUCAGAUCAAAAAGAAGAGCGCGACGCUUGACAAGCUGCACCAGAAGCAUGUAUUACCAGGGUUUGAUGACCGACGGGAAGAGGAAGGUCGAAUAGAGGAUUUGACGUCAGAAAUAACCAUGCACUUUCACGACUGUCAGCGACUAAUCAAAAAGAUCGAAGCACAAUCAAGAGGCACCGACUCUGAGGCUGAAGCAAUCAUGGCCAAGAAUAUUCAGAUAUCGCUAGCAACAAAGGUGCAAGAAUCUAGUUCUGCCUUCAGGAAAAAGCAAUCCACAUACCUGCGUCGUCUGAAGGGUCAUAGCAUUACCAGGCCAGACACACCAACACAAUUUACGCAAGACGAAGAUCUGGAUGUGUCCAUGUCACAGACCGCCAUACAACAAUCUGCAACACUGACAUCGAAUGAUACCGCCAUCAUGCAGCGCGAGCGGGAGAUUACGGAUAUUGCAAAGGGCAUUAUCGAACUGGCCGACAUUUUCAAGGAAUUGCAAACAAUGGUGAUCGAUCAAGGUACUAUGCUUGACCGGAUUGAUUACAAUGUGGAGAGGUUGCACGUACAUGUCAAGGCCGCCGAUAAAGAAUUGACACAAGCGACAAACUACGAAAAGCGGAUACGGAGGCGGAAGCUGAUCAUGCUAAUGAUUUUGAUUAUCGCCGGGCUUAUUAUCGUUUUGAUCUACAAGCCCAAACGACACACGAGAGUAGUGUAUACCCCUGCUCCUCCAGCCGGACCAGAAGCAGUACCAGCUUCCGAUUGGGACGUGGGAGCAUGA